CCCUCCCCUGUUUUUCACGCUCGCUCUCUCCGGCGCUCUCCUCCGUCUCGCGAGAAUUCCAUCUCCGCACGGCAUCGCCAAGACGCCCCGCCCCGCGCCGCAGCAUCAGCACCCGAUCUUUGUUCUUCUGCCAGCCUUCGCCGCUCUCUCUGUGUGCGUGUGUGUGUGUGUGUGAGAUUUGAGAUGGGUCGUUGUUUUUCUAGAAAGGACGCUCAUGGAAUCCGAUUCUGUUUUUUGGGUUGAUCGGAUUUGCCACUGAAAUCCACUCCAGGAUUCUGAAUUUCGGUCUCCGGUUUUUUAUUUUUGACCGAAUUUCGGAUCUGGGUUUCGAUUUUCCUUGAUUCUUUUCGCUCUGAUUUCGGCGUGCAUUUGAUCCGAAUCUUUCUUCUUCUUCUUCUUCUUCUUUUUCUUUUCGACCCAUUUGUGCAAACAAGGAAUCCGUUUUUUCUCUUUUUUUUUUUUUUUUUCCAGCUUUACUUUGUUACUUAAAGCUUGAGAGAGCGGGAGCUGGUGAUUUUCAUCGGGUUUCACGAUGGCUGCGGCGAAGAACACUGGCAAAUCGACAAGGGGUGUUGACGAGACUCGGCCGACGACGGAGAUGGAGACGGGCCAAAGAGACUACGAUUUCAACUUGGAGAGCCGACAGUGGAGGCCUGUAUUUGGAGAAGCUUCCGCGUCGAAUAGACCUCUCAAGAAGAUCCGAAGCCCGGAGAGGCAAGCGAGCUUCCAGUUAUCGUCGUCUUCUUCCACCCCUCAAAAUCAAACACCUUUCACCACCAUGCCUUCCUCUGUUCCUCCCACCACUUCGGCCCCAUCGCUCACUCUCUCCCCCAUCGCUCCUUCGUCUUCGCACAACUCUCCGAGGUUGAUCUUUCCUUUUGCUCUGGAUGCACCCCAACAUCACGGGCAGUUCCAGCAGCAGCUUGGGACUGUGCCGUUUCACGCGUUUCGGCCGGCGCUCCAACUCCAGCCUCCGCAGAAUCAGGGGCAGCAGCAGCAGCAGCAGCAGAUGAUAUCUUUUGCGUCUCAGCAGCAGCAGCAGCAGCAGCUGAGCCUUAAUCAUCCGCUGUACAAUUUCGCAGGUGACCUGUCCCCAUUGCAGCAGCAGCAGAGGCUGUUGCAGUACUGGAGUGACGCGCUGAAUCUCAGCCCGAGGGGGAGGAUGAUGAUGAUGAAUCGGUUGGGGCCCGACGGUAGGCCGAUCUUCCGGCCUCCGCAGCCGAUAAACACAACCAAGCUCUAUCGGGGAGUGAGGCAGCGGCAUUGGGGCAAGUGGGUUGCAGAGAUUCGCUUGCCGAGGAACCGAACCAGACUCUGGCUCGGAACCUUCGACACAGCUGAGGAUGCAGCCCUGGCCUAUGACCGCGAGGCAUACAAGCUCCGAGGAGAGAAUGCCAGGCUCAAUUUCCCCGAGCUUUUCCUCAACAAGGACAAGGCUGCGGAAUCCGCUGGCCCGAGCUCAUCAUCUUCGUCACCCCCCAGUGAUGAAAACGCGAUCACUCACCAAUACAUGAAGACUUCUCCGCAAGCCUCAGAAGGAACGGCCCUGCAGGACUCGUCUAUGGACUUGAUGGCCUCACCGCCUCAAGAAACCAAUCCCGAUGGGGAGUCGGGAAUAGGACCGAGUGAGGUCACGGCUAGUGAAGUGGUUCAAGGGGCCGCGGGAAGUAGCUUUGCAGGGGAAGGAGGUUCCUUCUCGCAGGAAAUGGAGUGGAGGGAAAUGGCGGAGGCUUGGUGCAAUGCGAUGCCGGCCGGUUGGGGACCAGGCAGUCCAGUAUGGGAUGAUUUGGAUGCAACCGGCAAUAUUCUGCUGCAAUCACAGCUUCCUUUUGGCCGCGCAAAUGAGCAGGAGUUCGAUGAGAAUAAUGUCCAGAGGCAGCAGGAAAAUUUCGGUCCAGCUUCAUCAUCAUCAUCAUCUUCUUGCCCCAUGAAGCCCUUCUUUUGGAAGGAUCAGGAUUGAGGUUCAUUUCUUCACAAUCACCUCAUAUUGCUCCAGGGUUGAAAACUUUUUCUGAAACCAACCUUCUGAUUUUCAAAAAGCUCCUGUUUUCUUAUCCACCACAUAAAUGGUCAGGACUCCAGUGUCCUCAGGUUCAGAAACUCUUCUUGCUGGUUGCAGAUAUUCCAAAAAGCAAUCCAGCACAUUUUUUCAAGAAAACUUCCAAAGCUUCUCCAUUUCGCAUCUGCUUCCCUUUUCCUCCCUGGUUUAGAUGCCUAGAAUCUUCUGGAUUCGGCUUCAUCCACGGAUUUUUCACUCCUGGAAUUCCCAGAUGAACAAGGGGCUGCAUAUUUUUUAAAAGCCUUUCUACAGAGAAGUGGGACAAAAGAGGAGGAGGCCAUUUGAUCCCCAGUAGUUGUCACAGCAGUUUGUCCAUGUAGGGGUUGUGACUUGUGGUUUUACUUGCCUGUGUCUUUUAGUUUAGUUUGUUCUGGGUACUUAGUCUUAUGAUUAUUCAGGUUGGUAGUAGCUGUAGAGUCUGUAGAUCACAUCUUUCAUGGUGGGCCUGCGUUGAGGGAGACGGUUUGGUGAUCUCCUUCUCGAUUGGUCCGUCCAUCACCAGCUAUGUUUUUGUGCUGGGAUGGAGUCAUUGUAGCUUUCGUGAUCAUCUCAUGUCCCGUUUUAAUCAUUAGUAGACAACUGAUGGA